AUGAGGUUUUGUGUGUGGUCUCGCAACGCGCGGCGCGCGCAACUCACAGGUGUUUGAAUCAUUUCAGUUUUUUUUUUUGCAGAAUUUCAAUAUUUUUCACUUUUUCAUCGAGAGAAAUCAAAAUGAAGGAAAAAUGGAGGAAGAAAACAACAAAGGUAUGUUUUGAAAGAAUAGGCAAAAUAUAAUCAAAUCAAAUAAUUUUCCCAUUCUUUUCAAAUAAUAUGGAAAAGUUCCAAAAAAGGCUCUUCCCCACUUUUUUUCUGGGGCGAAAAUAAACAUUUUUCUUUUCUUUUCUUUGCUUUUUUGACGAAUUUUUUAAAGAAAAAUGUGUAAAUAAACAAAAAAGGAUUGGUCUGAAGAAACCUGCUCACUAACACAAAGUUUUCAGCCCCACGGAAAAAGGCGGAAAAAAAUUCUGAACACGAACAAGUCUUGAAAUAUUUAUUAAUGAAUUCCAGUUUCAGCCGAGUUCUUUUCAUUUUUGACAAAAAAAAAGAAUUUUUAUAAAACGUGACCUUUUGAGACUUCGGAAAAAGGAAGGGGGAUUUGAAUUAUUUUUGUUUUUUGGAAAAUUAGAAAAUAGAAAAUGUUGCUCAAAAAUCUAAUUUUCAUAUUUUUGUGCUUCGCGCCCUGUCUUUGCUAUUCACAAAAAUAUUCGUGGCGCGGGUGUGAUAAAAGAAAAGAUCUUCCGAAAUGUGGAAAGUGAGUUGUUUUCGUGGCAGGACCCAGUAAUUAUCUAUUUCCAGAUUCACCAAACCUCCGCUAGUUAUCCUAAGUCUAGAUGGUUUCGCCGCCGAUUAUCUCAACUACAAUAUUGUUCAAACAUUCGAUCACAUAGCAGCCUGUGGUGCAAAAUCCAGCAGAAUGUAUCCAGUUUAUCCAUCGCUAACCUAUCCGAAUCAUUUCUCCAUUGUGACCGGCUUACAUCCACAGAACCAUGGGAUUAUUGAUGAAAAAAUCUAUGAUCAAGAAAGCAAAGAAUUUGUGGAUGUUAGAAAUGCAUCAAUGGUUGGAAAGUUUUUGAAUAGCAGUGCUGAAAUGAUUUGGAACAAAUAUAAAAAAGUGGAAAACCAGCAGAUGAAAAUCAAGAUUUUUGGAUGGCCUGGAAUUGAUGAGUCUUCAGUCGAUGCAGAAGAAUUCGAAAACCCCCAACCCAAUGAAAAACUUCGUGGCAAACUUCUCAAAAUUGUGGAGCUCUUGAAGCAGGCGGCAACCGGUUUGAUUUUGGCGCAUCAUUCAGAUUUGGAACGAAUUGGAUAUUCGAGUUUUAUGAAGAACGGGAAGAUUGAUAGAGUCAAAAAAGAGUUGGAGAAUAUUGAUGAGGAUUUGGAUUAUUUUAUGAAGAAGUUGAGGGAGGCUGACAUUUUGGAUUGUGUGAAUUUGGUGAUUGUUUCGGAUCAUGGUGAGGUGUUUUUGGCUCUUGCAAAAAUUAAAAAAAAUGAUUAUGAAUUUUGCCACGUCAUUUCGGUCACGUUUUUAUUUGGAAAAAAAUCGGAUAUUCUUUAUUUUUUAUGACGUGGCAAUUUUUCAACGAGUUUUUGGGACCUGCAGCGCUUUUUUUACAUUUACAGUACUCACCAAAAUUUCAGCGCCUUUCAGAAAAAAUGUUUAGAAUAAUAAUUUUUUUGAUGUUCUUCUAAUUUCACGGCGCGCUUUCCUUUACGCGAACACCCGUUGAGAAAAAAAAUAAAAAGAAGCAGAGUAUAAAAUAGGGGGAAGGGAGGGACGCAGGGAGGGGGCGGAGCCUGGCGGCAAUUCAAAAAUUUUAAUAAAGGGACAUAUUCUUCGCUUUGCUCCCGCAACGAAAAGAUUACGGUAACGCGAAAAAAAGAAUGACAAAAGGCAGACUGAAAAUUAUCAUUUCGAAAUUAAUUUCGCGCAAAUGGAAGUCGAUUCUGUUGUACCCGAUUUUGAAGCUCUUUAUGAAACCGAGAAAGAAAAAGCUGAAAAAUGGCGUAAUUUUGCGAAGAAUCUGUUUUAUCAAUGUCUGAAAAUGAAGAAAAAUGGUUUAUCGAAAGGUGACAAAUUUAUUAGAUCGAAUGACGUGGCGAUAAUGCGGAACAAUUUGCGCUUGGCCAGGCAGUUGCAUGAAUCUGAAAAAAAGGAUUUUGUUCAAAGAGAAAUGGAAUAUAAAAUGGAAAUCGAAAAAUUGGGUUUUGUGGCUAGAGAAACUACUCAAAAUAUGGAAAAUGUCACGAGAGAGUUGGAUAUUACAAAAAAGCAUCUUGGCAAUCAAAUGGAGAAAAUGAAGCGGAAUCUAGAAGACUCCAACGAUACUCUGAGAGAAGCCGCCAGGGAAAACAUCGAAUUGAUGAGACAUGUCGAAUAUGUGGAAAUUCAAAAGAGAUAAGGCCAUAUCGGAACAACAUAAAGCUGAAAAGGAGUUGGAUAAGAAAUCCAAAAGACUUGAAAACUCGCAGAGGUUAAAUCGCAAUCACAGAGAUAUAGUGUCAACAAGAGACAAACAACUGAAAGCUUUAGAAAAUUUGCUAGGAGAAUGUCUUGCAAGAGGUAAUAAAUUCUAGAAAUUUUUAAAACGCUAAUUUUUCAAUAUUCAGAAGAUGAAAAGUUCAAGAAAGAUUAUGGCACUGUCAAGAAUGCAGCAAGUAAAAAAAGGCGAAGAGAAUUCCUGUGGAAGCAUGUGAAGAAGCUGGCAGGUGGUCCAAGAGGAUGUGGUGAAUUUUUGCGCGAUUUAUUGAAAGAAUUAUCUGGAAGUGAUGAGAUCGAUGCAAGUUUCAAGUUAACACCGGAGGAGGGCUUCUAUGUAUUUCACAAAUUAGGAAUUUCAAAGCAAAAACAAGCGAAGCUGAAAAAAUAUCUGAGACAUUUAUUGAAAUUCGAUGUGUUUCCCUCCAGAUAUUCGAUUGAAAAACUAGAAAAAAUUUUUGGCCAGGAUGAAUUGUUCGACGUCAAAUUGAUUGUCGAUCCAGAAACUGGUAAAAAACAUGUUGUCGGACUAUUGAAAAAUUUGGAUGAAAUGGCUUCGAUAAGAUUGUCAGCACUUGCAGCUGCCAACAAACUCAUGUUCCGUGAUGAUGGCAAAGGCAAAGUUAUGUUUGGUGUGUUUUGUGAUAAAGGAGGCGGAUGGACAAAAUUAAUUGGAAUUUUUGGAGACACGCAUAAUCCAAACAGCUGCUAUCACGCGCUACCACUUGUUAUUUUUGAGGGUGAAGAUACGGCUGCAGAUCUUCGAAAAUAUUGUCCAGAAGUUCUCGAACAGUUGAAGAACUUCAAACAAGUGUCGUUUUCGGUCGAUGGUCAGAUAGUGGUGAAAGAUGUUGAACAAUUUUUGGGUGGUGAUAUGAAGUUUUUGUGUUCAGUUUAUGGGCACAAAGGUGCAACCUCUAGCUCUAACUGUCCCUUAUGCCUUCAUAUCAAUCGAGAUGGAUCAAAAUUGGCCGAUUUCGACCCGAAUAAAGAAUAUACACUAAGAACACUGAAAACUUUGGCGACAUGUGCAAAAACAGGAACCAAAGGAAUAUAUAAAGAUUCAUCUGUUGUUUUUUAUUGGAUACCUCUGGAAAAUGUGAUUCCGCCUUCGCUCCAUGUGAUAAUGGGGUUGGCACAAAAAUAUGCAUUCAAUGUGCUACUGGAUAUGGCUCAUGUUAUUGAUUUGGAAACUGCCGGAAUUGUGGUGACAGAUGAAAAUAAAAAGAUCAGCGAACACAAUUCAGAGUUGAAAAAAUUGAAAGGUAACACGAAAUCUUAUUAAAACAACCUAAAUAUAUUUUUAAGGAACAAUGGAGAAGACCAAAAGAAUAACAGCUACUUGGAAAGCUGAUUUGAAAAAUAUUGAGAAUGUUAUGAAAUCUCUUGACAAUAUCGCUUCAAAUUCCAUUCAACCUUCCAAGUGUUCAGCAAUUUGUGGCGCAUCGUUUUGUUUGUAUAAAGAUAAGGCAAUGAAGACCACCAGUUCCAAACAGUUGCCACAGUUUGAAUGUGAUAUAUGUGAGGAUAAAGUGCACGAGGUAUGUGCUGCUAUAUGGACUGAAGAUGAAAGAGCUUCGAUCCAUGAUCCAAUCGAUGACUCUUUUACAUGUGCUACUUGCACAGGAUUGACAACACCUGCGCUCCUGAAAAGUGCAGCCACCACCGCAAAAACUAUGAUCAACGAGCGAUUAGAAGAAUUAGAAAAAGAAAUGAAGACAUUGGGAGAGAAAUAUGUGACGCUGAAAGAAAUUGUGGUCGAUGGUAUGGGUGAAAAGAGAAAAGAACUUGAGGAAACUUGGAGUUCGCUUGGAGCCGAUAUGAGUGCAUGGCAUCAAACAUUUUCGGGUAACCAUGUAUAUAAGUUGUUAUCGGAAACUGCCAUCGAUGAAUAUAUGUCCAUCUUCCCAUCGAAUGAGAAAACAGAUAAUAUUCGCAAGUUUAUUGGCAAGUUGGGCAGUCUUCAAAGGAUGUGCCAUUCUGAUUUUUUCUCGGAUGGUGAAAUCGAAGAGUUAAAAUCUACUAUCUUCGAAAUGAUAGAGCCACUCAAGAAAGCCUUGCCCUAUGACACUAUUACAUUGAAACUGCAUAUUCUGGUCUCCCACGUUCCUGUUUUUGCGAAACUCCAUCGAACAUGGGCAAAAAUGUGUGAACAGUCCAUAGAAAGCUUCCACGCAUUUUUCAACAAACUGAGAAGAAGAUUUGAGUCAACAAGGAACAAAGAAAAACAAAUGAGACAGAUAUUAAGGCAAAUUAUUUUUUUCAACAGAUUUUCUGAUAUAGAUUUUAUGAAUGGGAUGUAAUUUUAAAUGUUAAUUUAGCAUAAAUAUUAAAAACAAAAACUGACCAAAUUAUAUCACAACAUCUUCCUCUUUCAACCAAUAGGCACGUUUUUCACUUUCAUCCAAUAAUUCUUCAAUCUUCAAAUCAGCUUUCAAUUUCACAUCAAUCUUCUAAUCAGCCUUCAAUUUUUCAUCAAUCUUCUAAUCAGCCUUCAAUUUUUCAUCAAUCUUCUAAUCAGCCUUCAAUUUUUCUUCAAUCUUCAAAUCAGCUUUCAAUUUUACAUCAAUCUUCUAAUCAGCCUUCAAUUUUUCAUCAAUCUUCUAAUCAGCCUUCAAUUUUUCAUCAUUCUUCUAAUCACUCUUCAAUUUUUCAUCAAUCUUCUAAUCAGCAUUCAGCGUUUAUCUUUCAUCAGCUAA